AUGGGCUUAAGGGACCAGAUUCUUGCACUUAAUUGGGUACACUAUAACAUUCGUGACUAUGGUGGGAACCCUAGGGAUGUUACGCUAUUUGGGGAAUCGGCGGGGGCAUUGAGUGUGUCUCUCCUUGCUUUAAUACCAAACAACAGAGGUUUGUUUCACAGGGUAAUUGCUGAGAGUGGUGUGGCUAAUGCACCGGGUGCGACGACAAAUGCAACUUUGUCUACGAUAAGGACUGCACAGAAAGCAGGUUGUGUCCAUGAUAAUUCAGUACCAAAUGAUGAUGCCUUGCUACAAUGCCUAAGACGUUUAGACCCCACAGAAUUAGUAAAAGCAACCGAUGCUUUCACAAUUGAAUUGGGACUGCAGCUGUUUUCUUAUACACCUUUUGCACCGAUAGUGGACGGGCAGCUUUUUAGGAGAAAACCUGCAGUUCUUUUACAAGACAAGAGUUCUUCAGAAUUUAAUUUUUUCCAGUCACUGGAUUUUAUGACUGGUAACUGUGAGAAUGAAGGUUCUGUUGUCGUAGGCGCAUUUCCACUGAUACAGGAUCAACUCGAUUUCAAUAUAAGCAUAGGUAUACCAACCGUGGAUAUGUGCAACAUAUUCCUUUCCAAUAUGCUAAGUGAGAGGAUCAGAUCUAAUGACCGUGUGUUUAAAGCAGUAUGUGACAAGUACACAGUAGAUGGGAAUUCGAGCGAACAAGGACGACAGUUCUUAAAUCUCGUCAGUGAUUAUUCCUUUAUAGCAACGGCCACUUCAUCGUUAGCUGACCACUCCAACAAGAUUCAGGGAACAAGGACAUAUCAAUACGUAUUUUUCGAUGAACUUUCCUUUAUGCUCCCAAAUGCUCCUUCCUGGUAUAGAGGUUCCGCCCAUGCUACCGAAUUAACAUACCUGUUUUACUAUGAACAGUUAAAGUCUCACGUUAAGUACCCAGAGGGCGCCGAAAUCUUGGUAAAUCAAAUGAGAUCCUAUUGGACAAAUUUUGCUAAAACUGGAAACCCAAACGGAUCCGGACUCCCACUUUGGCUGCCCUUUGAUCGGAAUUCCAGUCAUCCGUACAUGAAUCUAAAGUCACAAGGAACAGGAAUGGGAAUGAACUACAGAAAACCGUACGUGGAUUUCUGGAUGAAGAGAAUCCCGGCCAUGUUAUCUGAGUGUGAUCAGACAAGCUGUGCUUUACCUGUUGUGGGGUAG